AUGGAGGAGCUCAGAGUUGAGGACCCACAGUCUUUCUUCGACUACCUUAGGUUGGAGCCUGCCAUGUUUGAUGAGUUGGUGCAGAGAGUGGGGCCACGUAUACAGAAGCAGGAUACAUACAUCAGAAAGGCGCAAGCUCCAGGCUUGAAACUAGCCAUCACAUUGAGGUUCCUGGCUUCAGGUUAUAGGUACCCAAGCAUCAUGUACAGUUUCCGCGUGGCAAGGACCUCAAUUAGCCUGAUCAUCCCAGAAGUAUGUAAGGCCAUUGUGGAGGAAUACAAGGAUGAAGUUAUCACCUGCCCUGUCAUUCCAGAAGAAUGGGCACUCAUUGAAGAGGUCUUCAGAAACAGGUGGAAUAUUCCUCAUGCCGUACGAGCUUUAGAUGGCAAACAUAUGGCCAUUAGGAACCCUGCCAAGAUCGGCUCAUCAUACCACAACUACAACGGCUUCUUCUCAGUGGUCCGCAUGGCCCUUAUGGAUGGAAAUUACAAGUUCCUGUGGAUGCACGUCGGGGCUUACCGAAGUAUAUCUGAUGCUCAAAUCUUCGACGAGUGUGAGCUCAAGAACUAUCUUGAAGACGGGAGCAUAGGAUUUCCUGAUCCGCCCCUUACCUCAAGAUAA